AGAGAUACUUUUAGACCUGCAACCUGAGGGAGUAACAACAUCAACAACAAGAUCUUCUUCCACCUGAUUGGACGAGUGGUAACUUUGUCAGACUUCUGGUCAAGUUUUUAUUAUUGUUAUUAUUUAAUUUAAACCUGUAGAGAAAUCCCUAGAUGGUGAGGAUGGGAAAGGACUACUACAGCAUUUUAGGGAUUAAGAAAGGCGCGUCUGACGACGAGAUUAAGAAAGCUUAUCGCAAACAGGCUUUAAAAUAUCACCCGGAUAAAAACAAGUCUCCCAACGCUGAAGAGAAGUUCAAGGAGAUCGCGGAAGCCUACGACGUCCUGAGUGAUCCGAAGAAGAAGGACAUCUACGACAAAUUUGGGGAAGAAGGGCUGAAGGGUGGCAUUGGCGGAGGUGGCGGUGGGCCAAAUGGCUCCGGCUUCACGUACACCUUCCAGGGUGACCCGCAUGCCAUGUUCACCGAGUUCUUUGGUGGGAGGAACCCCUUUGAGCACAUCUUUGGUCGCGGCAUGGGUGGCGAUGAUGACAUGGAUGUGGAUGAGCCGUUUGCGAGCUUUGGCCUGGGCGGUGGGCGCCACUUUGGUGGGAGGAUGGAGAAAAAGCAGGACCCACCGGUGACCCAUGAGCUCCGCGUGAGCCUGGAGGAAGUGUUCAGUGGUUGCACCAAGAAAAUGAAAAUCUCGCGGCGCAGACUGAACCCAGACGGCCGCAGCACGCGCACAGAGGAAAAGAUCCUCACGGUGGAGGUGAAAAAGGGCUGGAAGGAGGGAACCAAGAUUACUUUCCCUAAAGAGGGCGACCAGACGCCAAACAACAUCCCCGCUGACAUCAUAUUCACCGUGAAGGACAAACCGCAUCCGGUGUUUAAGAGAGACGGAUCAGACAUCAUCUACCCAGCCAAGAUCUCGCUCAAAGAGGCUCUCUGUGGUUGUACAGUAAAGGCCCCUACGUUGGACAAACGCACAAUCUCCCUGCCUCUGCAAGACAUCAUCGUCCGUCCUGGGAUGAAGCGGCGAAUCACAGGCGAAGGCCUUCCUUUGCCUAAGAACCCAGAACGCCGUGGUGAUUUAAUCGUUGAGUUUGAGGUGAAAUUUCCAGAGAGACUGACUCAGGAUGCCAAGGACACUAUUGCACGGGUCUUACCCUCGUAAUGAUUGCACGUGACGAUGUUGCGUCCACCGACUGAAAGCUGUGACGCAUGAAACUGUGAACUGAGUAACGCUGAACUGCAAGACGGCGAGUCUCUCUGGAUGACCAAUCUUCUUUGCUGUGCUUUCCUCUUUUGCUCUCAACUGAAAAGACUGUUUUUCAUAAAAGAGCUUAUGUUUGAAAUUCACUUUAAAUGUACAGUGAGUGAAACUGUAUGUACUACUGGGGGAUAUUCCACGAAGAGAGCAAACCUGAUGAGCCAGACUUAUUUCAACAAACCUGGCUAGUUUCUUUCAAUUUCAUUUAAAUGAAGGAAGCUGAUCUACGCUUUAGCUCCGUUACUUUGGCAACAUAUGCUUUUGGUCAAUGCUGCUCAGGCUAAUGUUGGAGCGUAGCUGAUGAAUGAUGACAUCUUGUUGAAUUAUUUGGUAUUUUAAAUAAAAUAAACUAAAGUUUGAUUA